AUGUCUGCCCCGCCCGCCUACACGCCAGAAGUGCCACCAGCUGGCCUCCGAGUGCCCUGCACCUCAGGCACCCCGAUCGACUCGACCGUCACCGGCCCUCCACCGUUCGCCGACCUCGACGGCUCUCCCGUCUUCGUCGCGAGCGCACUGCUCGGCGGCGGGCGGUCGGUCCACCCGUGCAAGUUCGCUCGAGGCCACGCCAUGUACAGCUACGGCGGCAGCGAGAAGCAGCACCAAGGUCGCUUCGACAUCUUGCCCGUCACCGCCGCGAUGGAGUGGGUCAGCGCUGCCGACGGAAAGAUCCCGAAAGGCCGCCGGCCCGUCGAGGGGGGCUUCGAGGAGUCGGGCCAGCACCUCUUCCACGCCCUGACCAACAUCGACGGCGUCUGGGUCCCGGGCAAGACGGCCGAGCACCUCCGAGGCGCCAACUUUGGCUUCGGCGGUGGCGAGACGGUCCGCAAGACGGGCUACUCGAUCCUGUGCUGGCGCUGA